UUCAAAACAUUGGAAUAGACCAUUCAAUUAUUUAAAACAAAAUAAGGAAAAAAAAAAAAAGUUUUCAAAAUCCAUUGUAUAUAUGGUGAUCGAGCUAACAUCUCCCCUGGCAAUUUGUACUGCUUUCGAGUGAGCACGUGACAGCACAUGAUGUGAAGAAUAAUUGAUGGCUAAGCUAAGUAACGGCAGGCCAAUGCUUGUCAAUCAUAUCAACCUUUCGCCACGUGGAUGCCUCUAAAGAGGGCUUGAGUAUAGCGGCCGCCCAUCGAUCAGAAAGCCAACAAAGCAAAAAAGUAAUAGAAAAAUAGUUUAAAACAUAAAAUAAAGCCAUAGAGCUUCUUGGCUGCGUAUGACCAAUCACGCUCUGCCAAAACCUGCCAAACAAAGAUUGUUAAUUUGCCAGUUUUCCACCACCGUCCAUUCCAUUUAUAUAUAAGCUCCUUAUUCAGCUUCCUACCAACCAAAAACCCACAAAAAAAAAAAAAUUUCUUUUACCCAUUUUCUUCUACUUCUCUCUGGUUAGCUCCUCUUCCUACCAAAAUGGAGUCUUGUUGGAGUAGAGGUCCAAUCAUCGGCCGUGGCUCUACUGCCACCGUCUUUAUCGCUAUGGCUAACGGGUCAGGCGAAGAAUUCGCAAUCAAGUCCGCCGACCUUUCGAAAUCGGAAUUUGUUCAAAGGGAGCAAAAGAUUUUGUCUUCUUUAAGCUCAUGUCCUCAAAUUAUAGCAUACAGAGGAUGUGAUAUUUCGACGGAAAAUGGCCGGGUUCUGUACAAUCUUCGCAUGGAAUACGCAGCAGGUGGUACGCUUUACGAUGAGAUUCGCCGGCAAGGUGGGUGGCUAAAGGAGGCGGAAAUCAGAUCCUAUACGAGGCAAAUUCUGAUGGGGCUACAGUUUCUUCAUUCUCGAGGAAUAGUGCAUUGUGAUAUAAAGGCCCAGAAUGUUUUGGCCACCGAAAGGGGAAUGAUCAAAAUAGCUGACUUUGGUUGUGCUCGGCGAGUCGUUGAGGUGCCAGCAUCUGAUUGGGUGCCUAUUGCUGGGACCCCUGUUUAUAUGGCCCCUGAGGUGGCUCGUGGGGAACAACAACAAUUCCCUGCUGACUUGUGGGCUCUUGGAUGUACAAUCGUAGAGAUGGCUACAGGGAAACCUCCCUGGACCGAUGAAUCCGACCCAGUAUCAGUCCUUUACCGGAUCGGGUUUUCCAACUGUGGACCGGAGAUUCCAUGUUUCAUGUCACCGCAAGCUAAGGACUUUCUUACCAAGUGUUUGAAGAGAGACCCGCUAGAGAGGUGGUCCGCAAGUGAGCUUCUUAAUCAUGCUUUUCUUGAGGAGCCCGAAUUCUGUACAGAGGAAAGUGAUAUUUGUAAAUUGGAUAGUCCGAAGUGUGUAUUGGAUUAUGGGUUAUGGGAGUCGGAGUCAGAGGAGGGUUUAGAGAAGAAUCCAAGUCCGACCCAUCAACGAUCCACAAAAUCUCCUGCGGAAAGAAUCCGAGGAUUGAGUGAAGGCAGUGAGAUGUGGGGUAUGGGAAUGGACGAUUGGGAUGAAGAAUGGGUGACGGUGAGAGAUAUUGGUAAGGAAGAGCGUACGUUGGAUUCUAAUGACCUGUUUAAUGGCGUAGACACAAAAUGGGGCAGAAAGGAGUAUGAUUUGGAUUCUCCUACCCCCACCAAAUAUUCUACUUUCUGGGAAAAUUAUAUGGGUAGCAGAGGCAAUGCCAAUAUUGCUAAUAGUAAUAGUAAUAGUAAUAGUAAUAGUAAUAGGGAUUGGCAAAAAGUGUCUUCCAUGGCCUUUGAAUGCAUCAAAGAUGUAGUUUGUGGUUGCCUCAAUUUUAAUGAAAAGGAAUUAUGGUUUUUUGUGCAUGUUCAGUUCACUUCUUUCUUUUGGGCUUGGGCUACAUUUCAUAUAGUUACCCAAAAAAAAAAUAGAAAAAUAAAAAAAUUCACAUUUCUUUCUUUCCUUUUUUUUCUUUUAUUAUUAUUAUUUUGUGAAUAUUCAUAUUUCUUAUUAGACAGACACGGCUUUAAAGUCAAACUUUCGUAACUUUUACAAGCAGAC